AUGCACAAUAAUGAGAUCGAUGUUGAACGGGUCGUCUCGCAACUCGAUCGUUUCAAUUUCGCCGAUGAUUUCUAUUCGAGACCCGGCAUAGAACGGUCCUACUAUGACCCAAAUGAGGAGACGCCGAUUUUCGCCCACUACGACAAUGUACCGGCUCCCGAACCCUUCCCGAGACAUCAAAGUCGGCAAGAUUUCUAUGAAGUGUGCAGGGAUCAACCGGGAAGCUCUAAAGGAAAUCAAUCCUAUGACGCUUCUCUCUACCAUCAACAUCAACACCAAAAUGGGCAUGAGGUGAGAAACGGAAUGGAUUCAGAAGGAAAUGUGAGACUUUUGCAUGCACGACCCAUGGAGACAUGGAAUGCACAAAGAAUGAGUAGAACAGCUCCGCCGACAGCCAACACGACACUCGAUGAAAGCCUACGAAGAGCCCAAUCUACUGUACCCACGCAGUCCGCCUACCGUACCACACAACGAAAAGAGACACUGAUUGGAGUGGAUUCGAAUGAGUUCCUGGGACAACCGGUGGCUAGGCCGAGACUCAAUAAACCACAACAACCGGCAGUUCCACAACUCAUACAGACAGCGACAGCCGAUCCACGAAUGAGACCAAAAAGUGUGAAAGCGCCUGUGUAUCAUCGAAUGUCCCAACCUGCACAAGUCAACCAUCGGGUGUCGGAGAAAAAGAAUCGACGAGUAACCACGACUGUCACUCCAUCCUCUACUAACAAAAGCACUGUUUUGCCACCUUCGAAUCAACUCGUCAACAGUCACUCGGCUUUUGGGCGAGUCGAAUUCGAAGAGCUCCCUAAAUCGAUUCGACAACGGGAAGAACGGGGAUUUGGUGCAUUUCCAACGCCUGGAGCACAAGAGAAUUCUCGACAACAAAGCCAACCGCGGCGGCAAGACGAUCGCUCGCAAUCGCAGACUUUUCCGCCGAGGAAUCCGAGAGCUGAAUCUCAGCCCCCGUUUGAGCGAAACACGAAGAAGCGCGUCUCGUUGGCGAAAUCGAUGACAAGAAAAUUGAAACACAUUUUUGGUGGUUCUUCGUCAAAGGAUCAAGCGAGGAAGCACCACGCGUCCACCCAAUCCUAUGAUCACCAAACUGUACAGAGACAAUCUUCUCACCAUCAACAUCCUCCCGGAGGAGCGGCUCGUUUAAAUCUGGGCGGUUCUCGGAUUUCACUGAAUGAAACAAGAGAAAGAGAUCGUGAAAGAGAAAAAGAAAGAGAUCAAAGAGUGAAUUAUCAUAUUAGUCAACAAGGAUUAUAUCAACAAGGAUACCAACAACAGCCGACACAAUCCUAUCAACAGAAUCAGUACACUGAUCCGGGCUUUAGAAAGAAAUCCUACCCAAACCUACCGGAGCCAUCGACACGAGAAAUCCCCCGUGAAGCCAUCCGUCCAUCCCCGUCCAUCCCUCUCUCCGUUCAAUCGUCAACCCAACAAAACAACUACAAUUAUUCCCGGGAGUACACCCAAACACUCCCGCCAUCAACGCGACAACCCGAGUAUUACAAAGAGGGAAACUCGACUUUUUACAACGAGGACCCUGAUUAUAAAAUGCCCCCACCCCUGCAGCUGGGUUUGCCGAAUUUGGGCAACACUUGCUACAUGAAUGCCGUUGUUCAAGCGCUGGCCGCCUCGGAGAGUCUCGCGAAUUUCUUUCUCAAUUCGGGGCACACGAAAACGAUGCAGGACCGAACUCGUCAACAAGAGCUGAACUCACAACUUCACGGCAGCAAUGGAGCUGUGACGAAAGCGUUUGCCACAUUGAUCAACAAACUCUACAAUAACAAAUGCUUGGAGCAAGAUGUGAGGGAUUUUCGAGCGGUUGUCGGCGACUAUUCACCCGAUUACAAGACCUACAAUCAACAGGAUGCUCAAGAAUUUUUGAAUUGGUUGUUGGACAAAGUGCACGAGGAUUUGAAUUUGGCGAAAAGGGAUGAUAACUACAAUUAUUCGAAAAACGGCGAAGCUUUCUCUCCGGACGAUGCGUUGGCUGAGAGAAGGCUGGCUCAUUAUUCGGUGAUCACAAAUCUCUUCGAGGGACAGUUGAGAUCUUCAAUCGUUUGCCAAUCGUGUCACUUUCAAAAGUUCAACUUUGAGCCCUACAUGUAUGUGCCGUUGCCGAUUCCGCAUGAUAUCAAUCAAAAACGACCGCUUUUUGUCUCUGUCGUGAAACCGGGGCAAUUCUCAAUGACAAAAUAUGGAAUUCGUGUCGAUGCGAAAGGAGCGAUUUCUGACGUGAAAUCGUGUCUAGCUGAGGAGACAAAAGUCCCGUUGAGUCAGAUGUUGAUCCUACAACUAUCGCCGAAUGGUUUCCGAAGUAACACCCUGGAAGUGUGCCAGAUAGCAACAAUGUCAACGCGAGAAGCUUACGCGGUCGAGCUACAGCCAACCAUCGACACUUACAACGAUCAAACAGUGAAUGUCGUCUUUGUGAUCACCGUCAAGAAUGGGCCACAAGUGAAAAGAGAAACCGAUCCAUUUGUGUUGGCCGUCUCGCGGCAGUGGAACUAUGAUAAUUUAUCGCGGAAACUUUUCGAGGCGGCGAGACAAUCGGUGAAUCCAAAAGUGUUGGAGUCGUUGCCCGUCGGACAAUACAAAUUGGCUUUGAUUGAUACCUUCAACCCGAGCACCUAUUUGGACCCGAAUGUGUCGAUGCCAUUGUUGACACAGCAUGUCGAUCAGUGCAUUCAACACAACGAUCGAGAUCAUCCGAGAUUACCAAAAUUUAUUCGGAUAACUGUCGAAUUCCCACAACACAACAGAUCACUGAUUCGAGUGGAUCUGGAUCGUAUCAUCAACCAUCGAAGUGCUGAUUGUUUGGCAAAAGACAACGCUCCGUACGAGUUGACACUGCAAUCAUGUUUGAGUGCUUACACCUCUGAAGAAAUCCUUGAGUGGCGUUGUGAGCGAUGUACGGGAAAAAAGGCCAACAAACAACUCAAGUUCAACUCUUGCCCACAAAUCUUGAUUCUUCACUUGAAACGAUUCAGACACAUUCAGAAUGAAAUCACUGAACCGAUCAAAGUGGAUGUUUCGGUGAAAUUCCCGAUUGAGGGACUGGAUAUGUCGCCGUUUGUCUCACCGUCAAAUCCGCAAAAUGGCAAACGGCACAGUAUUAUUGGGAAAAAGUUCAACAAAGAAAUGCAAGCAACAGUGUCCCAUUCUUCCCCCGAUGACAAUAUCUAUGAUCUCUUUGCCGUCGUCAAUCAUAAAGGAGAUCGAGUUUCAUCUGGCCACUACACUGCCACAGUGAAAAACCCAACAGAUGGCGUUUGGAGGACUUUCGAUGACACUUUUGUCUCACAGAAUACGAAUCCAACAGAGCAAUCGGAGAACGCUUACUUGAUGUUUUAUGAGAGACGAUCUUGUCGAGCCGAGCGUCAAAACUCCAAGAAAGCGUCAGAAGGGCGAAAAUUGCCAAAUCCUUUGGCCAGAUUUACUCCACCACGAGAAAAAGAAAUGUUGAUGGCUCAGAAAUCAAAUGGAUACAAUGGAGAACAGAUUAUUCAACAAAAUGGCACAGGUUUUCGGCGAGGUGAUGCGACGAGGAGAGCUGCGAAAGCGGCACUUCUCCUACCAUUGCAUACGAGUAAAACGAUGCUCGCCCCGGCAACACAUGAGAGUUUAGCGCUC